AUGAAAAGUAUUUUUACUUUAGAAAUAUUACUAGCAUCGUUUUUUACAUUGCUUACUUGUCAAGAAAAUUAUACUGAUAAUUUUAAUCAAUCUUCUGGUAAUGUACUUUGUUACAAUUGUUCAAAUGAAGCUAUUGAAAGUUGUGAUACACUUUGUACUGGAGUAAAUUGUUAUAUUAAUUUAACUUUGCCUUUAUCAACAAGUACUAUUAUAUCAUAUGGAUGUGCUUCUGAGUUUGUCAAUUUUGGAUGCGUUAAUGACUCUAUAUCAGAUAAUAUUAUAUGUUACUGUACUGGAAACUUUUGUAAUUAUCCAGAAAUUGUUGAUUUUGCUGAAAAUAAUAGUACUACUGUGUUAUAUGAUAAAGAAUAUACAUCAACUUCUUCACUUUCAUUUACAGACUAUUAUACAAGUGAUAAUCCGUUUAUUAUCAAAAACAUAUCUAAAAGAUCUGACAAUGAAACAAAUGAAGAUAUUUUCGAAUUUGAAGAUUUUUUGCAAGUUUUAGGCACUUUAUUUGAAACUUUUAAUGAUGUACCAAGUAAUAAUGAAACUGAUUAUGGUGAAAUUUUGAAUGAAGACAAAAUUCUCCAAAUGUUAAGUAGACUAGAUUAUAUUUUUGAUAAAAGGUUUACAAUGUUAUCUCAAUCUAUAAGUAAUAAUAUUAGUUUGCUAUCUAAUAUGAUUUCAGAAGAAUCUGAUAACAUUAAAUAUCCUACAAAAUCAAAAACUAGAGUAAGUCAUAAUUUUGUUUAUGAAGAUUUCGAAAACAGUGGAUCAUCAAGAUCAAACUCAUUUUAUAGUAGUUUAUGGAAACGAAUAUUAAAAAUUUAUUUUAAUAAAAGUUCUUAUAAGGAUUUGAAAUUUAAAGAUAGAAACUAUUAUUUGUACAAUGAAAAAGAAGCAACAAUUUUUGAUAUUGAAAAUGCCGUUAUUAAAUUUAGCCAUGAAGUUAAUGCAUUUAUUUUGGAAUCACAGGAUAAAAAUAUCAAUUACAAACAUACUAUUGUAAAACGAGAUUAUCCACCUGAAAAUUUUAGUCUUCUCCAAUCAAUAAUAACUUUUAUAUCUUCUUUUUUGUCAUCAUUUGGUGAAAAAUUAGGUAUUGUUACUGGAAAUGUUGGUAGAGAAUUAUUUGACGGAUUACGAGUUUCAGUACAAGAACAAUUGAAUCAAACUCUUACUGCUGCAAAUAUUGCAUUUAGUACAUACACUGAAGUUUUAUUUUCAAAAAUAUUUGCUCUUUUGACAAAUUAUAUAGUUCAAGCUCAGUCAAGAAAAAAAAGAAAUUUAAAUAUUAAAAUUACUAAUGGAAGUUUAUUAAAUUUAGGAAAAGAGUAUUAUAGUUUUCUUGAAAUUUAUCAAAAAAGGAAAAAAAGAGUAAGUGACACUUUCCAAUCAUCAGAAUCAGAAAAUGCAUUUUCACCAGCAAGUAUUGAGAAGUUAAAUUUAUUAGCUGAAAUUUUUGAUAAGAUUCCUUACUAUAAUAAUACAAUGUAUGAUUUAAAUGACACUGAAAGAUUACCAUUAUCACCUAUUUUAGAAGAUGUUUUGAAACCUGUUUUAUCAAUUCCUUCUGAUCAUCCAUUAAUACCUAGUAAUUUAGGUUCAUUUGAAACUAGUGGAUCAUUUUCAGUAAUUACUAAAAAUAAUUCCCAAUUUUCAAAUAUGUCUUUAACAACAUUAGGAAGCAAAGAUAAUUCAAAUGGUACAAAUGUUAAUCAAAAUCUAUCUACAAUAGCAACAACGAAUUCAAUGACAACAAUUGAAUUAACUACAACUCCUACAAUUGAAACAACUCAAUCAUUUGUUAAAACUAAUUUACCAUCAACCAAAAUGUUACCUACAACAAAAUUAACAACAACUGUUAAUGAUAUAAUAAAUAGCAGUGUUGUAACUACAAUGGCUGCAUAUACAACAACAAAUGUUAUGACAACAACAGAUUCAUUAACAACAGCUCCAAUGGAUAUAAUAAAAAGUACAACAAGUACUACAACAAAACCAGUGACAAAACCACCAGAAGUUAAAACAACAACUGCAAGUUUAAUUAUAACAACUACUACCUCACAAGGAAUCUUUAGUUAUAUUUCUCAGUCUAUUAAAUCAUUUUUUGGUUUUGGAGAUUCUUCACUACUUACAACAACUAUGACACCAUUACCAAUAUUAGAAAAAGAAAAUUUACCACCAAAUGUUACAAUUAAUACUAAUAAUGAAUAUAUGUUCAUGAAUGGUACAAUAAUAUCACCUUCUCAAUUAGAAGAAAUGUUACAAAAGUUAGGAAAAACAUUGUAUCCACCUACAACAACUUCAUCUGGUAUAUUAACUAGUAUAAUUACUUCAACCGUUAAUACUGCUUAUACAUUUAUAACAGCAUUUGUCAAUGAAUUUAAUACAAAUUUUAAUAAUGCUAAUAAUAAUUCUAUUGAAAAAGUUAAAGAUGUACUUGAUUCUUCAGGUGCAGAACUUAUGGUAGUGACUUCAACAAUAUCUUCUAUUCAAAAUUCAUCAUCUCAAGUUUCUCCAUAUAAUAUGUUAACAGGACUUUUAUCAGCUAUUAUUUCAUUAGGAAGAAAAAAACGAGAUCUUGAUAAUGAUUUAAAUAUUAUAUUAAAUAAUAUACUUCCUAGUAUAGAAAAAACUUCAAUAGAUUCUUCAAAUAUUAAAAAAUUAGAAAAAACAUUUAAAGAAAUUUUAUCAAAUGAAAAAUUAUUUAAUACUUUCAUUGAUUAUAUAACUGAGAAUGUAACUUUAUCCAAGAAGGAAAAAUCUCAAUUAUCAAAAGCUAUCUUUCAAACAGCAACAACAUUUAUUACCAAUUCAACAUUAAGAAGAAUGGUGGAUAAAACAUUGAGUGAAUAUUCAAGAUCCGACUUAUCCGAUGAAGAUUACGGUGAGACAUAUGUUGAAAGAAUGGGAAAGUCAAUGGAAGAAUUGGGAAAAACUUUUGGAAAAAUUUUUAAUUCAAUAUUGGAAAAUAUUUUAUUGGCAACAAAUGACUAUAAUGGUUUGAGUGAAAUUGAAAUAAAAGAAAAAAUGCAUGAUGAUGGUUAUCAAUUAGGAUUAAAAAUGGGAUUUGUUAUUAAACCUAUUCUAGUAAAUUUUAAUAUUGUUAUGAAUAGAAUUGAAAAAAGAAAAAAAAGAUUUAUUGAGUGUGUUAACGAUUUGUACUGUUUUCAAGAAGUUUUAGGAAAAGAUUUCUAA